GUGUUCACAUCCAAACAGGGACUAGCGUGUUACCUGUGUGUGAGUGGGGCAUAUGUGUGUGUGUGUGGAGGUGCUGUGCUGUGUGGAUAAGCAGGGCGUGCUCUCCUGGCCCAGUCCCAACCCAGACAAGGUUCUGUUCUUCAGCAAACACACACAACAGGCCUGCUGGAAGGAGAAGACCACACAGGUGGAGGUGCUCUCCAUGUCCAGAGGAAGGGGCGGGAACUCUAGAGUGGUGUUUGAUGAUUUGUCCUGGCGUAGACACACCCCCUCUCUCAGACCAAUGGGAUUGGCAAUGAUGCUUUGUGGCCACUCCACCCUGCCAGUGAUGCUCCGCCUUUUUGAUCACCUGACCCAGAAGGCCCGCCCCCAGCACCUGGAGGCAGCGCCCCCCUGGGGAGUCUGGGAGCUGCCAAGGAUUCUGGGGUUCUGUCCAUCAGCUCAGCAGGUGUUCCAGAGAAGGAAGAGUGUUGCAGCCUACUUCCUACCCACAACCCCCUGCUACACACAGAACCUGCCCCCUCGCCCACCAUUGGCUAGUCGGCUGCCCUUCCCACACCUCAUUGCUUUACAGGUCCAACACACUCUCACAGGGUCAGAGUGUGUCUUCUCAUACGGUUCUGCUGAGUUGAUCCUGGCCGGCUGCUCGGAGGUCUGGGACGGAGAGGAGCUGCAGCCUCUCACUGACGCCGACAGGAAGAAGGUUCUAGAUUUCUACGAGCGUUCCUGUGUGUCCGGCCAAUGUCUGACCCUGUCCUUCAAACCGCUGCUGGACACACAACACACUCUCCACGACACAUAUCCUAAUGAAGACACACACCUGCCUCCCCACCUGGACAGCACCUGUCUGGAGCUGCCCCCCACACACAACCUGGACUCACCUGAGCUGUCAGGCCAGGUGUUUCUGGGUGCAGUGUCCAGUGUGUUUGGUGUUCGUCCUGUGAUGGUGAGGCUGGUGUCUGGGCUGGACUCCGCAUGCAUCCGCCUGGUCUACUUCUCUACUGAGCAGGAAAUUAAGAGCAAGGUGUUUGCAGAGAAAAUGGGACUGGAGACUGGCUGGAACUGCCACAUCUCCCUCCAAUCAGAACGUAGCUUUCCUCUGGACACCCCAUGUCCAGCAGAGAAAGGGGGAGGAGAGGAGGAAGAGGUGUGUCUCCUGGAUGAGCAAAGAUCAGUGGGCGGAACCGGCCUCAGGUUGGACCAAGAAGGGGCGUGUCUAAUGGAGGACUUGAACAGGGCCAAGCUUCCUAGAGGGAUAGAGAAUGUUCGUCCUCAUCUGGAGAACAUCGACAACGUUCCUCUCCUGGUUCCUCUCUUCACAGACUGCACCCCACAGACGGUGUGUGAGAUGGUAAAGGUGAUGCAGGACUAUGGAGAGGUGGUGUGUUGCCUUGGCAGCAGUCAGAACAUCAACAACAACAACGUCUUCCUCCAGAGUGACAUCAGUAUCUGUCUCGAGCCCCUCCUUCCCUGCUGCCCGGUUGAUGGAAGUCCAGAAACACCAAAAGAAACAGAAACACCUGCCCCUAUGAGGCCACCGUCACCUCCCCCCUCCUCCCCCUCUCUCUCCAGCCUGUCCAGCGCCCUCUGUGGGCUGUCCUGCUCUCUGCACCUCAGCACCACAAACCUCACUCUCAUCCAGCUCAUCAGACAGGCACGUCACACUACUGCUGGUAUUAGGAAAUGCUUCCUUUUCCUACUUCAGUGUCAGCUGUACUUGGUCCUCACACAGAACAAGUGCGUUUUGAGUACAUCAAGACUUGAUGUAGUCGGGUGCAGUCCCGUUCACCGCUGGUCUGACCCCUCCCCCUUUUUCCUGGGGGACGUUGCCAUGGAGACGUGGCUGUUGGGGGGGCUCUGGCUGCCCCCCCUUCUCUGCAUCAACGAAGCCAUCAAACUUCACGAGAUAAGUCUCAGAGUCCGGUACCAGAAGAGACAGAAGUUGCAGUUUGACACAAAGCUGGGAAUGAACUCUCCUUUCUGA